GUAAAAAUUCUAUGAAGCUUUAUUAGUUUUAGAUUUUGAGUGUUAAUAAUUUUUAGGUACCUAGUACCUACUAUGGAAGUUUGUAAUUCAGAUGAUAUUGAUGAUGUAUUACAAAAAUUAUCAAAGGAAGAAAUUUGUGCUAAAUAUCAAAAUGAAAUCACGCAAUUAAAGAAAGAAAAUGAAGAAUUGCAUAAUAAAGAAAAGAUAUGGGAAGAAAAGUAUUUUAACCUACAACGUUUAUAUGAACAUUCUGAAAAACAGGAAUUGCUGAAUAAGAAUAAAGAACUACAAGAAGCUGAAUCAGUAAUCAACAACCAAAAAGAAAAAAUUCACAUUUUAAUUACUCAACAAAAAGAUGAAGUUGAAGCUUUACAGAAAACACUUCAAAGUAACAAAUAUGCAUUAGAUGCAAUGAAAAAAACAUUAGACAAUGAAAAGGCAUUUAGAAUUUGCGCUGAUCAAGAAAAAACAAACCUUAAAGAACAGAUAAAAUGUAAUACAAUAAAAUAUAAAUCUUUAGAAAAUGAAAACAAAAAGUUAAAUAAUGAUAAAUUAAAAUUGGAAGAAGUUCAGAGUAAAAUUAGACAACAGUGUAAUGAAUUAAUACAAAAAAAUAUUUCGUUAGAGAAUCACUGUGAAAAAAGAGAGCAAGCAUUUGAUAAUCAAACAAAUAUAAUUAACAAAUUAGAAAAUAAUAUUACUGCAUUAAAUGAAAAGUUAAAUAAUUAUGUGGACAUUGAAGAAGAAAAUAAUAAAUUACUAAAUCAAAUACAAUUGUUUUCUAAACAAAUGGAAACAUAUGAAAAUGAAAGAGAAGUAUAUGUGCAAAGAUUGCAAAAUAUGCAGAAAGAAGAAAACGUAUUCAAAUGUUGUAUAAAAGACUUAAAGCGAGAAAUUGAUAUCAAAAAUAAUGAAAUCAACAAUCUUAUUGAAAAUAAUAGUAUUUUAAAUUCAAAAAAUUCAUUGUUAUCUUCUAAUAUACAUAAUUUAUAUACAAACUUCACCAAUUGUUUAAAACUUUUAGACGAAAUUUUUGACAAUUAUGUCAAAAACCAUGUAAAACAAAGUAAAAAAGUUGAAAAUAAUGAAUCAUUAUUAAAAAUUGAACCUUUUAUAAAUGAAACCUUUGAACUGUUUGAAUGCACUUUAGCAGAGUAUAAAUUAUUUAAAUUAUCUUCUAAAAAUUCUGAAAUAACUUUAAAAGACGAAAUUAACAAAAAAGAAAAAAUUAUUCAAUCAUUAAAAGAAAAAUUAGAUAACUACAAACAAGAAAUCUCUAAAAACGAAGUUACUUGUUCAGAUACGAAUAAUUCUACAGAAAAUUCAAUUCAUAAACUAAAUUUAAUGGAUACCAUUGAUAAUAGUCAAUUAAUCAUAAAUGCUGAAAUUGAAAAAAAUUUAAAAUAUAUUUAUACAAUUAAGAAUGAAGUGUUGCCAAAACAAAAACUUCUAGUAUCUGAAUGCAGAGAAUUUAUGCUAAAAAAACUUAAAGAAAUAGAGAAUUUAAAUAUAUCCAAAAAAAAUUUCAUCAAAAAUGUUGACUUACAAAUUGCAAAUUUAAAAAAAGAAUUGACUUGUAAAAAUGAAAACAUAAAAGAACUAAAAACAGAAGUAUUACAUCUAAGAGAAUUAGUAACUGCAAAAGAUGCAUUAUGUAAUGAAAUGGAUAUAGAAUUACAACACUUAAAAGAAAAUUUUGAUGAUUCAAAUACAACAUCAAUUAAUAAAAUGGAAAAUAUUUAUAAAGUACGCGAUAUAGAUGAAAGUCAAGAAGACCGAUCACAAAAACUAAAAGCCAUUGCUAUUAAACAAAAAAAACAAAUAGCUGAUUUGAAACAGUCCAUUGAAAAUGAAAUGAAAAAACAUAGUUUAGAAAAAAGUGAAUUAAUCAAUAAAAUCACAGCAUUGGCUGAACAGGGCAAAAUUGCUCGAUGUCUACAACAACAGUAUGAUAUUAAAUGUGAUGAGUAUGAUAAUAAAUGUUUGGAAAUUAAAGAAUUAUUUAAAAAGUGUAAACAAGAAGAAAAUCAGGUGUUAGAACAAACAAAAUUAUGCACCAUAUUAAAAUCGGAUAUUGAAACUUUAAAGAAUGACUUAACACAUGCUCACGAUACUAUAAUUAGUUUAAAGGAAGCAGAUAAAUCUUUAAAUUUAAAGCUUGACAUUUUGAAACAAGAAAAAUCAGCUGCUGAAAUACUAAAAACAGAUAGAGAAGCAUAUAUAAAAGAACUUUCAAAUAAUUUAAAAGUCUCAAAAGAUAAAAUAAAAUCCAUGGAAUCUGAAUUGGAGAAAUUAAAAACAGAAAAACAAAAAAUUAAUAUUCGUGAUCUUGAAUUAAAUUCUUAUGAAAAAACUUUAGAUGAAUUAUCACAAAAAGUAAAAGAAGAAAAGCAACAUACUCAGAAUUUAGAACAGGAACUUUCUAAUGCCAACAGUGUUAUUGAUUCUUUACAUGAACAAAUUAAUCAUUUGGAGCAUACUAUUAAUACUGAACAAGAAAGAAAUAAACAGAAUUUACAUCAAUUAGAAAUAUGUAGAUUGGGGUUGAAUAAUGCUGAAUCAUUAUUAAAUGAAAAAGAAAAUAAUUUAAUAGAAUGCCGAGCCGAAUUAAAUCAACAAAAUAUAUUAAAUACAAAUUUGACUAAUAAGUAUGAUGAAUUACAAAAACUAUAUGAAACUGAAAAAGAAAAUUAUCAAUUGCAACACUCACAGCUUACUGAAAAAAUUCGAAGAAUGCAAUUGGAAAUAAAAACAGCAAAUGAAUCUAUUUUAAAAUACACAGAAGAAAAUCAAAGCUUACUUGACGAGUUUGAAGCUUAUAAAGUAAGAGCUCAUAGUGUUUUUCAAAAACACAAACAAGACACUGUGUACCAUGCAAAAAUUGCGGAAUUGAAUGAACAACUACAAGAAGUUACCAAAACUUUAAAUAUAUCAAAAAUCAACUUACAAAGUGUAUCGUCUGAACUAUCUACUAAAAAUACAGAGAUGACCAUGUUACAAAAAGAAAUUGAUAAAUAUGAAAAAAAAAUAAGUAAUUUAUCAAAGACCAUAUCAACAAAAGACAAAGAAAUAUAUUGUUUGAAUAAUGAAAUUGUAAAUAUUAAAUCUAUAUUGGAAAAUGAGAAGAUAUCAUUAAACGAAACUAUAUUGAGUGAACGAUCAGCACAUGAAAAGGAAAUUAAUAGACUACAACAAGAAAUUACUUUAGCUAAAGAAAGAAAUUCUCAUGAAUCAGAAUCAAAUGUCGUGUUACCUAUUAUUGAAAAUAAACUUAAAAAAUCAAACUCCUCAAAUCAUAUUCACGAUGAUGAUGAAAUGUUUUCAGAUUUUGCAAGUUCAAACGAAUCUGUUCGAAAAAUCAGCAAAACGGUACCUAUGCCUUUGGCAGAACUGUUAUCAUUUGAUAAUAAUAGUGUUGGGGAUCCAAUUAGUGAAUUGAACACUAGUCAAAAACAAUUAAAACAAUUAACUAUGAUGUUAAAUGAUGCUGAAAAAAACUGUUCUCGAUACGAACAACAAAAUAAAUUUCUUAAAGAAGAUAUUAGACGAUUGCAGCGUAGCAUAGACAGACAUAAUGAAAUACAAAAUAUGGAAUAUUUAAAAAAUAUAAUUAUAAAGUUUAUUACUUUGUCAAGUGGAGUAGAAAAAUAUCACUUAGUACCAGUAAUAAAUAAACUGCUCAAACUUAGUCCAGAUGAGCAGAAGCAAAUAGAAACUAUUGCUAAAGGAUCAAUACCAGACCAAAACUCAAGCUGGUCUAGUUUAUUUACAUGGUCACAAGGAACUUAGUUUACACUAAGUUUAAAUUAAACAUAUUAAUGAAUCAUUAUAGAAGAAUGUAGGUGCUUAAUAUUAUUAAUCACUGAUUUUUCACAUUUUCUAAUAUUCUAAGUAUUAUUACAUUGUAAUGUU